AUGGGAGACCUAUGGAAAGAAGAACAGACUCCCUGGGAUAGAGGGACACACAAUCCAGCAUUAGAGGAUACCCUGGUGCAAAAGUCUGACAUCUUGGGGAGUGCCGUUUCGAGCACAGAGGGCAAGGGGAAGCAACGUAAAAAGGCUCUUGUUCCUGGAUGUGGUAGGGGCGUGGACUGUUUCCUACUCGCAUCCUUUGGAUAUGAUGCAUAUGGCUUGGAAUAUAGCACUACAGCCUUAGAAGCGUGCCAGAAGGAAGCAGAGAAAUAUGGGGACUCGGUGAAGCCAAGAGAUCCAGAUGUUGGGAGUGGUAAAGUGGUUUUCCUGCAAGGAGAUUUGUUUAAAGACGAGUGGCUUAAAAAUGCUGGUUUGGAGGAAGGGUGUUUCGAUCUGAUUUAUGACUAUACUUUCUUCUGUGCUCUAAACCCUUCCUUGCGCCCCGGAUGGGCUCUUCGGCAUACACAGCUUCUAGCACCAUCCCCGCGAGGCCAUCUCAUAUGUCUCGAGUUUCCAACUAUGAAGGAUCCUGCUCUGGGAGGCCCACCGUUUGCCUCCAUACCAACGGCGUAUGUAGAGCAUCUUAGCCAUCCUGGUGAAGAUAUACCCUAUGACGACAAAGGCAAUAUCGAGGCCGGCACACGCGAGAAAGUCAAUGAAAAAGGUCUUACACGGGUUGCACACUGGCAUCCAGAGCGUACUCACGAGCCUGGCAAGGACGCGGAUGGUAACGUUAUGGAUUAUGUCUCGAUUUGGCGCCACCAGUAG